AAUUACGAAAGAACCAUUGAGGAACAUCUUCUGCUUCAUUGCACAUUCUCUCUAUCUCUGUGUCUCUACACACACACAAACAGAGGCUUCAUGUCCCUAAUUUGUAUGCUUCUUCGUCGCUGGUGUGAGUCCUCCAUUAGAGCACCAAGUAAGGGAGUUCAAUCUGUGUGAUGGUUGCUGUGUCUCGGAGGUUCUGCACACUCAUAAAAAGGCCUUCAAUUCUAAUUCCAAAAAACUUGUUUCAACGAGUUGAACCAAAUCCAGAUCAAUCCUUCAUUCCCUUCUCUCAACUGCAACAAACGAAGCUCCUUGAAGCUCGUCUCGUCUCUCUUCUUCACCACUGCAAUGACCUCAACCAAAUCAAACAACUUCACGGCCACAUUGUUCGCAAAGGCCUCGACCAGUGCUGCUUUGUUCUCACCAAGCUCAUUCGCAUGCUCACCAAGGUUGGUUCUCCAAUGGAGCCAUACCCACGACUCGUCUUCCAACAGGUCAAACUACCCAACCCAUUUCUCUGGACAGCGCUAAUCAGAGGUUACUCUCUUCAAGGUCUCUCCUCUGAGUCGAUACUUCUCUACAAUUGUAUGAGAAGAGAUGGGAUUGCUCCUGUGUCAUUUACCUUUUCGGCCUUGCUCAAGGCUUGUACUGCUGCUCUUGAUGUUGAUUUGGGCAGGCAAAUUCAUGCACAGACUAUUAUAAUUGGUGGGUUUGCAUUAGAUUUGUAUGUUGGUAAUACCAUAAUUGAUAUGUAUGUGAAGUGUGGGUUUUUGGAUUGUGGGCGUCAAGUGUUUGAUGAAAUGCCUGAGAGGGAUGUGAUCUCUUGGACUUCGUUGAUUGUUGCGUAUGCGAAGAGCAGUGAUAUGAAGUCUGCGGCUGGGUUGUUUGAUGGGUUGCCUGUGAAGGACAUGGUGGCGUGGACGGCAAUGGUCACUGGUUUUGCACAAAAUGCUCGGCCGAGGGAGGCAUUGGAGUAUUUUGAUAAAAUGCAGGACGCGGGCAUUGAAACCGAUGAAGUCACAUUGGUUGGUGUCAUAUCAGCUUGUGCACAACUCGGUGUGAUUAAGUAUGCCAGUUGGGUUCAGGACGUUGCUGAGAAAUCUGGAUUUGGACCUACCAAUAAUGUGGUCAUAGGAUCUGCAUUGAUAGAUAUGUUCUCCAAGUGCGGGAGUGUGGAGGAUGCGUAUAAGGUGUUCGAUAGAAUGACGGCGAGGAAUGUAUUCUCUUAUAGUUCAAUGAUUGUUGGGUUUGCAAUGCAUGGUUGUGCCAAUGCAGCAAUCCAAUUGUUUCACGAAAUGGUGAAGACUGAGACAAAACCAAAUAAGGUUACAUUUGUAGGGGUGCUUACAGCAUGCAGUCAUGCGGGUAUGGUAGACCAUGGUAGGCAUUUGUUCGCUACGAUGGAAAAAACUUAUGGCGUCACACCGUCUGCCGAUCUCUAUGCUUGUAUGGUUGACCUCCUUGGCCGAGCUGGAUGCUUGGAAGAAGCUCUCGAGCUUGUCAGAACUAUGCCAAUGGAUCCCCAUGGGGGUGUGUGGGGAGCAUUGCUUGGAGCUUGUCGCAUCCAUGCGAACCCUGACAUUGCUGAGAUUGCUGCUAGCCAUCUAUUUGAGCUUGAACCUAAUGGUAUUGGAAACUACAUCUUGCUUUCUAAUAUAUAUGCUCUUAGCCCAAGGCACACUGGUAUGUUUUCAAGGGUAAGGAAGUUGAUGAGAACUAAGGGUUUGAAAAAGAAUCCUGGAUGUAGUUGGGUUGAAGGAAAGAAAGGAGUAGUUCAUGAGUUCUUUGCAGGUGAUAUGACCCAUCCGAAAUCUAGGGAGAUUAAGCAGGCAUUGUUGGAUCUAGUAAAUAGAUUAAAAUUUCACGGGUACCAGCCAAAACUGAGUUGUGUUCCUUAUGAUGUGAGUGACGAAGAAAAGAAGCGGAUACUAAUGACUCAUAGUGAGAAGCUAGCUUUGGGAUUUGGGCUGCUUUCCACAAGUGCUGGUUGCACCAUUAGGAUUGUGAAGAAUCUCAGAAUUUGUGAGGAUUGCCACUUGGUUAUGUGCAGUGCAUCUCAGAUCACUGGCAGAGAGAUUGUAGUUAGAGAUAACAUGAGGUUUCACCAUUUUAAUAAUGGAAUGUGUUCUUGUGGUAAUUUUUGGUGAUUCAAGCAUGGGUCUCAAUGUUGUCCAAAUUUUUAUGCCGACUUAAAUCAGUCCUGUUUGAUCGUGCUCAGUCACAAGUUAUAAUAGCCAUUUUGAGAGAUAAAAUAGCCUUUUUGAGAUAUGACUGGGAAGAUAGAGAAUGACAAAAGACAUUACAAGAUUAUCUCUGCAAUUGCUUUCUUUGGAGAUGUGACCUCUAGAACCCAAUGCAUCUGUGCCAUUAUAAGGACAUUCUGUAGGAGUUUCGCACUGUUCGUCGCUACUUGGGAGGCAUGUAAAUUUUAGCAAAACUUGGAUGCUUCAUCCAACACCGGAUUUGCACUUUGUCCAGAAUUUUAUCUUGCACUACACGUACUUUCCCCCCAAUCCAAACAUAAAACAAUGUUUGGCUCAAUGAGAUGGCCUAACCAGAUCUCUGUACCCUUUCAAGCCUCAAUCACGGGUCGUCUCCACUCGAAAACUCUUCGAACAAAAACUAGCGGAUCUUCGUGAAGUGCACAGAUCUAAACCAAUUGAAGUGAAUUCAUCAAAUCCAUUUGUUUUGAAGGCGUGUUCUGGGCAAGAUUCUUUGCGAUUGGUCCAAAUGAUUCAUAUCCAUGUUGAGAAAUAUGGGUUUGGUUCUGAUAUAUUUGUGCACAAUUCGUUGACUGAUAGCUGCUUGAAACGUGGUUUGAUGGGAAUUCAAGCAGUGAGGAAGUUGUUUAUGGUGAUGGUGGAAUGAGAUCUUGUUUCUUGGAAUUCAAUGGUUGGUGCGUUGGUGAAAGCGGGCGAAUUAGCCGAGAUGAAGGAGGGAGGCAAGCCAAAUGAAUGGAUUGAAGUGAAAAAGAAAAAAGGCAAGGACGUCAUUGAUGCUCCUAUGGUUAACUUUAUUCCUACACCUCCUCCUCUUCAUCGAAUGUGCUUGAUAUUCUCAAUACUUGUGUAGUCAAUGAGGAGGUUUCUUUUUGUGCAGAUCUUAAGAGUGUGCUUAAUGCAAAUGAAGAUAUUCCGAAUGUAGAGGCUUCAAAGGAAGAGAAAGAAAUUGUUGGGGAUGUGGGUAAUAUAAAUGGGUUAGCCCCUAAACGAUCUUCACGUCCCAAAGGAGCUCCUCAAUCCCUUUCAGAUGGAACAUUCGUUGUUCCAUGGACAAACCCAUCUUCAAAAGUGGAAGACAAGAAAAAGCUUCUUGAGAGAAUCGCCAAUCUUAAACUUGCUCAAGAGGUUAGCCUCUCUAUCAAGUUUAAGAAAUCAAGUUGCAAGACUCCUACGAAAUUGCAGGUGUGUCCGUUGAUUAUUGCUUGGCUUAGCUUUGGUUUCUCCUUGUAUGUUAAUCUACUUGUUAGAUUUUGUGUAGAAGCUAGGCUUGUUUUUCCCCUCCUCGAAGGGUGUGUUGCCUCUGGGCUUGUAAUGAGCCUCACUGUAAUAUCUAUUUUUUGGUAUAUAAUUUAUGACUUUACCUACUCAAAAAGCAAAACGAAAAAAGAAAGCGGGCGAAUUGAGAUAAACUUGUCAACUGUUUGAUGAAAUGGCAGAGAGAGAUACCAUGAGUUGGAAUACAAUAUUAGAUGGGUAUGUGAAGGCAGGAGAGAUGGAUUCAUCAUUUUAAUUGUUUCAGAAUAUGCCAGAGAGGAAUGCUGUGUCUUGGUCGACGAUGGUUUCUGGAUAUUGCAAAGCUGGGGAUAUGGUGAUGGCACGGAUGUUGUUUGAUAAGAUGUCGGUCAAGAAUUUGUUUUCGUGGACUAAAAUAAUGUCUGGGUAUGCUGAAAAGGGGCUUGAAAACGAUGCGAUUGGCUUGUAUAACAAAAUGGAGGCGGCAGGAUUGAAACUUGAUGAUAGGACUAUUGUUAGUAUUUUAGCUGCUUGUGCAGAGUCUGGCUUGCCUGGAUUGGGGAAGAGAGUUCAGUUCUCAAUGGAGAGGAGUAGAUAUAACACAAGUGUAUUACUCAUGUGUCCAAUGCUUUGGUUUACAUGUAUGCAAAAUGUGGCAACUUUAACAGGGCAUUAAGUGUCAUUAAUGGGAUGACAGAUUUCUUGGAAUGCCAUAAUCCAAGGGUCAGCUGUGCAUAAUGCAUGGACAUGAGGAGAAAGCGCUUCAGCUUUUCUCUAGAAUGAAACAAGAAGGAUAUGCGCCUGGUAAGGUGACCUUUGUUUGGUGUUUUAUAUACUUGUAUGCAUGCAGGUUUUGUUGAGGAGAGCAUUCAUUACUUUCGUACAAUAUAGAGAGAUUAUGGAAUAGUUCCCCAAUUGAGCGUUAUGGUUCCAUGAUUGACCUUUUCGGUCUAGUUGGGCGUCUUAUGGAAGUUUUUAGGCUUCUCCAGAGCAUGCCAUUGGAACCGAAAUUGAAAUGUCACAUUGAUCACUUGAUUGACCAAUUGGCAACCGCUUGAGCGAGCGGUCUCAGAUAGUAGGCAUAACCAAACAGCUGGGCAACUUCUCCCUGUCUGAAAUGCACCAACUGGUCAAGCCAUAUGUACGUAACUUGACUCAACAAAAUUCAUUUACUCAACAACAUGCAUUCUCAAAGCAUAAAUCAAGUAUAGUUCUUCUAUCAGCAAAAACAAUAUGUACAUAACUCGUUAUGAAAUUGUGUUAGUCCUCGGUCCAACAUUUCAAAAAAAAAAAAAAAAAAUGGAAAAUUACAAAAUAAAACUACUCUAGUAAUCCAGUCCUCUUAACAAGUGAUCAUUACAGCCCCCUUCCUAUAGCAAAGGAGGCUUGCAUUGCUCGAGUCUCAACAUCAUUCAGAAAGGCGUAUACUGCAUUAACCAAAUAAUAGAGAACCCAUUAGGUUUAUAAGCAUAAUCUCAUCUAACAUAAAAUCAAAACUGUAAAAACCAUCAAUCAAAAAAUAAAAUUUUGUAAAACUGCAAGAACAAACAAUAUUUACAAGAUACAGAGUAAUCAAUCAACACAAAAAGAGAGAGAGGUUACAUGAUUAUACCUGCUAGUUUAUUGUUCUGAAUGGAUGUUGAGCAGGGUUACUUUAUAAUACUAAACACAUUAGAAACAUUGAAAAAUAGUACUACAAUGAAUUGCACAUCUUAUGGAACCAUGGGGUGAAGACGAUAAAUGUCAGAAUACUCGCCAGCAAUAAGAUUGCAAAAGAGUCUGGAACUAAAAUGUCUUCAUCCACCAACACACGAACAUAACCAAAGUGGGAUUUAGCUUCAAAAACUAACAUUUAAGAAUGGUGAAAAAAAAAUGUUAGGAAGCAUAUUACAGUAAAUUAAUAUUUUGGUUGCUAAUCAAUAUAUAAGUGGUGCAUACAGUACAUCAAUCGUCAUUUAUCAAAAAAAAAAAAAAAAAAAAA